AUGGAGAAAGAGGUAAAAUGGUUGCUAAAAUUAUCAGAAAUACUCAAAAUCAAGGAGGUUCAAAGCUUUAGCGAGAAUGACAGUUCUUAUUUAGAAAGUAUAGUUAGUGGCUUCAGCAAAGCUGAUGCUCUGGAAGUCAUCAAUAGGCGUAUUGAUGCUGGCAUCGAUACGGGCAUCGAUGCUAGCAUCGACACUGGCAUCGAUGUCAAGGCCUCUCUGGUUCUUGUCCGCAGAUCCCUCUUGAGUUUGCUCUUCGGCUUGGGCCUUGGACAACUUCUUGUAACUAACCACGAUGUUCAUGCAGUGGAAUACUUCUUGAAACAGAAAUGUCAAUCCAAUGCUGAGAUUGCUGAGGUACUGGAGUUUUUCCAUUUUGCUUGUACAUCAGAGGAUAUAAAUAAUUUAGCCCAUGCAUUGGCAUUGAAGGAGGUGUUCAACACUGUUAUAUUUCCUAUGAUGAUUGAGUUGUUGAAUGCAAUAUGCAAAUUAGUGAAGGAAAAUCCUCAUAUCUCCAUGUUGUCUCGCACUCACAGAGAUCCUGCUUCACCCACUACUUUAGGAAAGGUGAUGGCAAAUUUUGCUUACAGACUAAGUGAAGUAGGGAAGACCUUUACAGAAGUGCAAAUAUUGGGCAAGUGUGCUGGAGCUGUUGGAAACUACAAUGCACAUAAAGUUGCAUAUCCUGAUAUUGAUUGGCCAACUGUUCACCCACUACUUUAG